UUUACAGCAUGAAACGUAUGUAGCUGCUGUUUUUAUGUCUGUGCAAGGAAUGAAAGUAGAGGUUUAUAAAAUGGCACCUUUGAUCUGAGUUGGUCAAAAAGGAAACAUUUUCCAACCAGCCACCUUCAGUCGUAUCGACUUGUUUUGUUCUUCUUUAUGAGCAGGACAGCAGCCUCUGGUGAUUUCAAGACCAAAUAAAGCAUAAGUCGAGACUAAAAACAACACAAAGUCACUUCUUUGGGAUUACUUUGAUUAAAAACAAAAGAUUUACUCAAAACCGUUGGCUAAAAAUAAAACCAGGUCUCUAAGUCGGGUUUGAGUCAGUAAGUUUCAUCACACUGAUAAAAAAGUAAAGUCAAAAUCUCUCAAGUGUGUUUUUAGUGACGGAACGACCGUGGUGCAGAGUGGUCUUUAUGUAGCCUGGCCUGCCAGACUCCUCCUCUGUUUUAAUUCUGCACAGAGAAAGGGUCGGGGAACUCUCCUAUUCAAAUAACCCCACCCCCUGAGAAUUCUAACCGAGCCAAUCAGCGCUGAGCAGCAUACGUCACACACCACGACGCUGAGUUUGUCAUAAACAUCGCAACUGAAGCAGAGUUCUCUGCGGCUCGUUCCUCUGUUCUAAAUGACGUGGACAGGUCUUUAAAACAACAAGUAGAAGCGCUAAAAGCCUUUCUUCUAAAGAAAGAUGUUUGUGUCAUUGCCAGACGCCUUUUAUUACUACAGCAACAAAACUACAGCGUCGCGUGGUACAGUCGGCAUUUCCGUCUUUUUUUCUGAUUGCUUAUUUUUGAGCUGCCUAGUCCCGCCCUCAAGUGCCUCUCUGCCCGUGAGUUCCCAGACUCUUUCUCUGUGCAGAAUUAAACAGAGGACGAGUCUGGCAGGCUCGUCUUUAUUAAGUCCCAUCAGUUGUCACACACAUACUGGUGUGUGUGGUGAAAUUUGUUCUCCGCAUUUGACCCAUCCCCUGGGGCAGCGGUGAGCUGCAGACAAGCCGCGCUCGGGAACUAUUUGGUGGUUUAACCCCUUAAUGCUGAGUGUCAAGCAGGGAGGCAUUGGGUCCCAUUUUUACAAAGUCUUUGGUAUGACCCGACCAGGAGUCGAACCCCUGAUCUCCCGAUCUCAGGGCGGACACUCUACCACUAGGCCACUGAGAACGGUAUAUUAGCCACGGCUUCAUUGUUUUGGGCAGAAACCUAGCUAGUGUUGAGUGUGGUAGGAUCCAAGUGUAUCACUGCAUAUUUAAGUUGUUCUUUUAUUUACAGGUUAGCAUUAUGAAAGUAAAAUGUAUCUAUCUAGUAAAAAGUGGUACAAUUGUCUCUUAAAUACAAAUUAUAGUCGAUGGACUCGGUCAAGUCCUGUUUUGGUCAAGGGAUAGCACAAAACGGAAAUAAAGAUCAGGCGCCUAAAAUGUGAAAAGGAAAAGCAGUACUUGUAUCAAUAAGUAAGGUGUGUGUAGAGUUUUGUACGUUGAGAAAGCACAAGUCACCCCAAAUCAACAUUUUUUUGCUGAUAAACUAUAUAAACGAGUGUCUGAUUGUGCUGUAGACACAUGUGGUCAAUAAUUCGGCACUUUAGUGCAUCUUAGGUAAAAUUUAAAUAUUCUGCCUAAAACUGUCAGUGUUGCACCCUCUUCAGGCAAAAACUCUGCACUGCAUUUGAAUUCAAAUCUGCCAUUGCUAUUGGCUAAGAGGUACACUAUGUUGUUAGCUGGUACAUUAUGAUGUCACAAUGUUGUGUGUAUUUGUUAGCGGCUUCGCCCUGUCGUUCUGCCAGGCAACAGCCUUUGCUGCAUUUUUCAAACGGGAAGUGGGAGUUGAAUAAGAAUCUGACUGCGUCUUGGAUCAGUGCUGCUCCUGCUGUCCUAGAGGAGUACAUGCAGUGUGUCUCAAAUGGAGAGGACCUUAAAUUUCUUCUCCAGAGCAAACAGUGCCACGGAAAGUUAGCAAAGACCACUGUUGCUCCGUUUCAAUCGGAUGAUCUUCUGAUCCCGUCUCUGUCCCUCCCUCCAUCCCUGGAAGUGGCCAUCACUUCCCACGCGAGUCCUUGUGAUGAUGAAAAUACAGAUGUCCCUCAGAUCGUCAUAUUCGACGAAGAGCUGUCCACGAACCCUUCCACGUCAACGGACUUUCCAGAAUCCCCCAAAAACACUGAAAUGCCUUCGUCUCCUUGCAUGAGGCAGCAGUCGGGAGUCCACAAAUGUCCUGAGUGUGACAAAUCUUUCAAGCAUCACUCUGUCCUCAUCGAGCACCAGAGAGUCCACAGUGGUCUGCAGCCCUACAACUGCUCAGAGUGCGGCCGGGCCUUCAGAACCGCCACCCUGCUGGCUGGUCACAGGCUGCGGAAGUGCAAAAACGCGGCGUAUCUUUGUAUCAAAUGUGGAAACAGUUUUCCAACUUCACUGGACAAAUUCAGACACCACUGCCCUAAGCGAGGGCGUGGCCACAGCUGUGGGCAGUGUGGCAAGGGUUUCCCAAAGUCCAGCAGCCUGAAGGAACAUCUGCUGACUCACGUCCAGAACCGCCUUUUCAAGUGCAGCCACUGUGGUGCAGGUUUUUCAGGUAUCGGCGACCUGAAGUAUCAUCAGCAAGUAGAUCACGAUAAGCCUUAUCAGUGCAAGCAAUGUGGGAAAAGUUUUAUCUCCUCAAAGUGUCUGAUUAAACACCAGCAGCGGCACGAGGAGGGUGGAGGGAUGGAGACGGCCAAACCGAUGACGGGAGAUAAACAUGGACGAGGCGGCUCGGGCCAUCGGACUUCAGCGUCUCUGUCCUCCAGGAAGAUGUUCAUCAAAGCCGGCUACCCGGGAGGAAGAGUCGCUCACAGCUGUCCGCUGUGUGGGCGGAGCUUCAAGUAUCGUUUUGAGUUUCUGGAGCACCAACGGUUCCACACAGCGGUGAAACCUUACAAGUGCUCUCAGUGUGGGAAAGCUUUCCGAACAGAGGCUCAUCUGUCUGGGCACAGGAAGAGAAAGUGUAAAAAUGCUGCUCACAUCUGCACCAAGUGUGGGUCCCAGUUCAGGUCCAUGCACGAACGGGUCAGACACCAGUGUGUGCAGCUGCUCACAAAGUAUGCGUGCGCUCAUUGCGGCAAAGCCUUCAAGAUGGCCCAUUUGCUCAGGAAUCAUCAGCUGAGUGAACAUCAGCUUCCGUAUAGCCCCAACCACCGCUUCAGGUGCAGGUACUGCGACGGGACUUUUCCUGGCAUCAGCGAGCUGAAGUACCACCAGAGAGUCGACCACGAUAAGCCGUAUCAGUGUCAAGAAUGUGGCAAGUGCUUCCUGUCCGAAAAAUGCCUGGCUAAUCACGAGCAGCGCCACAACGACGACCGGCCCGAGAACUGCUUGGUGUGCGGCCGCGGCUUCAGGAACCGCUACGAUUUGAAGCAGCACAUGCGUACGCACACGGGAGAGCGUCCGUACCAGUGCACCCACUGCUCCCAGUGUUUCUCCACAGCGGGAGGACUGCGCAGUCACACCAGGGUCCACACAGGCGAGAAGCCGCACGUGUGCCCCGACUGCGGGAAGGCCUUCUCCCAGAUGGGAGCGAUGCGUACCCACAGGCUCACCCACACCGGAGAGAGGCCGUUCAAGUGUGCGGUGUGUGGCAAAGGAUUCACAAUGGCACACAAAGUAACUGUUCACAUGCGCGUGCACACAGGAGAGCGACCGUACGUGUGCUCUCAGUGUGGUAAGGCCUUCUCCGAUGGAAGCGUGCUGAAGCAGCACAUGUUGAACCACUCGGGGGUGAGACCGUACCACUGCCAGAUCUGUCCUAAGACCUACACCUGUCUCAACCACCUGAGAAGACACCUGAAGAGCCACUCCAACUUAAACUGAAUCCUAAAAGCUGCUGAACACACUGAAAGUUCUCUGGCCAGACACCGGUACUAAAAUCUUAUUGGUCCAUCAGGACCUACCAAUCAGACGACAGAACUCAGGACUUUCAGGCUCAACAAUGUUUUGCUGUUUGUCUCAAACUAAAGGUGUUCCACUACAAA